AUGAGAGACUUUGUAGACUUUAUUUCUGAUAUGGAGCUGAUUGAUCUUCCUUUAUGUGGGGCUAAAUUCAUUUGGUACAAGGUGGAUGGUUUGGGGAUGAAUAGUCUUGAUAGAUUUCUCAUAUCAGAAAAUUUGUUGAAAAUAUGGAAUUUGGAUUAUCAGUAUGUUUGUUGUAGGGAUACCUCUGAUCAUAGGUCUAUUUGGUUAAAAGAGAGUUCGAGGAAUUGGGGUCUUAAGCCCUUCAAAUUAUUCAAUAUGUGGGUGAAUCAUAAGGAAUUCCUUCCUUUUGUCUCUAAGGCUUGGUGUUCCAUGAAUAUUAAAGGCAAUCCUACUUUCAUAUUUAAAGAAAAGUUGAAGAACUUGAAGAUUCUCCUAAAUCAGUGGGACAUUGAAGCCUUUGGCAUCAUCAAUUUGAAUGUUAAAGACCCAGUAUCUAAUCUUCAUGUUUUGAACUCGGAGGCGGAGGAUGCAGUUGUUGAUGUGCCUGAUCUUUUAGGGGAGAAUUUGAAUCUUGAUUUUUCCUUACUAUGGUUCAAAGUUAAACAUAUUUUUGGCUUUGAUUCCUCUUCAGGUUGGAUCGAGAAAGUGGAGGAAGUGAAGAUACUUUCCAAAUCCUACUUUGAAUCAGUUUUCUAA